GCAGCUAUAUUUGGUAGCUGUAAUCAAUUUGUAUUGGAUUUGUCUUGCUUUGUAGAAACGAUGGAUAUGGAGGAAUCAACGAGACUGAUAAGAAAGAGUGAAGUUGCAGCAUUAGAGGAUUCAUUUUUGGUGGAGCUGAAAAGGGUAUGGUCCAUGGCAGCUCCAAUGGUGGCUGCGACUGCGUCUCAGAAUGCUCUGGAAGUUGUGUCGCUGAUGAUGGUGGGACAUCUUGGGAUUCUUGUCUCCUUUUCUGGGGUUGCCAUUGCCACUUCUUUUGCUGAAGUUACCGGCUUCUGUGUUAUCUUGGGAAUGGCUGGUGCCUUGGAAACUUUAUGUGGCCAAACCUAUGGUGCAGAAGAAUUUGGAGAGAUUGGAAAGUACACUUGCUGUGCUAUUGUCACUAUGCUUCUCGUUUGUCUUCCCAUAACUCUGCUGUGGAUUUUCGUGGAUAAAAUCCUUCUACUAUUUGGUCAAGACCCUGAAAUUUGCCGUGUAGCUCACCAAUACUGCAUAUGUCUCAUCCCUGGACUUUAUGGUUUUGCUGUUCUUCAAUGUCAGAUUCGCUACUUCCAGACUCAGAGCAUUAUCUUUCCCAUGCUCUUCAGCUCAAUUGCUGUUCUGUGUUUACAUAUUCCUAUUUGUUGGGGUUUGGUAUUCAAAUUGGGAUUAGGGCAUGUUGGAGCAGCAUAUUCUAUUGCAAUUUCAUAUUGGUUAAAUGUGAUUGGGCUUGGGAUUUAUAUGAAGUACUCACCAGCAUGUCAGAACACCAAGGUUGUGUUUUCUUUAAAUGCUUUACUCAGCAUUCCAGAGUUCUGUCGAUUUGCUGUUCCUUCUGGACUGAUGUUUUGUUUUGAAAUGUGGUCAUUUGAGCUACUUACCUUAGUUGCUGGACUUUUACCUAAUCCACAACUCCAGACCUCAAUUCUUUCUAUCUGCCUUAACACAACCACGAUGCACUACAUCAUUCCGUAUGCAGUCGGUGCCUCUGCAAGUACUCGCAUUUCCAAUGAAUUAGGAGCAGGGAAUCCAAACGCAGCACAAUGCAUUGUUCGUGUCGUUGUGAUUCUUGCAAUUGUGGAUGGGGUUAUUGUCAGCACUUUGUUCUUUUGUUUUAGGCAUGUAUUAGGAUAUGCUUAUAGCAAUGACGAGGAAGUUGUAUAUUAUGUUGAAGACAUUGUUCCCAUUCUCUGUGGGUCCUUCACUGCUGAUAGUCUAGUAGGAGCCCUUUCUGGGGUUGCAAGAGGUGGAGGGUUUCAGCAAAUAGGGGCUUAUGUGAAUCUUGGAGCCUAUUAUCUUGUGGGAAUUCCUUUGGCAUUGUUGUUGGGUUUUGUCCUACACUUCAAUUCCAAAGGACUCUGGAUGGGAAGUCUUACAGGGUCUGUUCUACAAGUCAUUAUCCUGGCUUGUGUAACUGCCACAACAGAUUGGCAGAAAGAGGCAACAAAAGCAAGGGAGAGAAUAUUUGAGAAGUCAAAUGAAGCUCACAGUGGAUUAGUAUGAAAGUUUUAAACAUAGUAGAAGAGUAAAAUAAAUAGUAAAAGAAAAAAGGAAGGUACCUGGUUUUUUCACAUUUUUGUUUUGCAAUCGGUUCUAUUUCGGUGAAGUAAACAGGCAAAAGUUACUUUGUAUUUUACAUAUAUAUUUUUGUGUGUAUGAGAUUGAUUUUGAAACCAUCAAUAAAUUAUAUAUGGCAA